GGGCGGGCGGCGGCUGCUGCAGCGGGACCCGGGAGCGGGGCCCGGCGCCGCCCGGGCCGCGGGGCGAUGUGAGCCCCAGGUGUGUCCCAGAGGGAUCCAGGUGACUUCUCUGCAGACUGUUUGCCAUGGCACCCCACCAAGGACAGGGGGAAUAAAGUGGGAAUCCUUCCUCAUGCCCCUCCCUUGGUCAGCUCCCCAAUGGCCUGGGUGAGGUCAUUCAAGCCUGGGUUGUGUCCUCUUCAUCCUAGGCACGGGCCUGACUAUUGUAACAUAUGAUCCAAGUACCAGAAUCCUGGAAGGAAAAGCCAAAUAGGUGAGCUGGCUGCUCUGACACCAUGGGGAGCUGCUGCAGCUGCCUGAACAGAGACAGUGUCCCAGACAACCACCCCACCAAGUUCAAGGUGACAAAUGUGGAUGAUGAGGGGGUGGAGCUGGGCUCCGGGGUGAUGGAGCUGACGCAGAAUGAGCUGGUGCUGCACCUGCAUCGGCGAGAGUCUGUCCGCUGGCCCUACCUCUGCCUGCGGCGCUAUGGCUACGACUCCAACCUCUUCUCCUUUGAGAGUGGCCGCCGAUGUCAGACAGGCCAGGGGAUAUUUGCAUUCAAGUGCUCCCGGGCUGAGGAAAUCUUCAACCUCCUCCAGGACCUGAUGCAGUGCAACAGCAUCAAUGUGAUGGAGGAGCCAGUCAUCAUCACCCGCAAUAGCCAUCCUGCUGAGCUUGACCUCCCUCGGGCCCCCCAGCCGCCCAACGCUCUAGGCUACACUGUCUCCAGCUUCUCCAAUGGCUGCCCUGCAGAGGGCCCGCGAUUCUCAGCUCCCCGCCGGCUCUCCACAAGCAGCCUGCGACACCCCUCGCUUGGGGAAGAGUCCACCCAUGCCCUCAUUGUCCCUGACGAGCAGUCCCACACCUAUGUCAACACGCCGGCCAGCGAGGAUGACCACCGCAGGAGCCGGCACUGCCUGCAGCCGCUGCCUGAGGGCCAGGCACCCUUCCCCCCGCAGGCCCGGGGCCCCGACCAACGGGACCCACAGGUGUUCUUGCAGCCGGGCCAGGUGAAGUUCGUGCUGGGCCCAACCCCUGCUCGGCGGCACAUGAUGAAAUGCCAGGGCCUCUGUCCCAGCCUGCAUGACCCCCCCCACCACAACAACAACAACGAGGGCCCUUCCGAGUGCCCAGCCCAGCCCAAGUGCACCUAUGAGAACGUCAGCGGGGGGCUGCGGCGAGGGGCCGGCUGGAGACUGAGCCCAGAGGAGCCGGGCUGGAACGGCCUUGCCCAGCGCCGGGCUGCCCUGCUGCACUACGAGAAUCUGCCCCCGCUGCCCCCCGUGUGGGAGAGCAAUGCCCAGCCGCUGGGAGGGGAGGCCGGGGAUGACGGGGACUCGAGGGAUGGGCUCACACCCUCCUCCAAUGGCUUCCCGGAUGGUGAGGAGGACGAGACCCCGCUGCAGAAGCCCACCAGCACCCGGGCCUCCCUCCGCAGCCACAGCAGCUUCCCUGUGCCGCUGACCCGCCGCCGCGGCUCCCCUAGGGUCUUCAACUUUGAUUUCCGCCGGCCGGGCCCCGAGCCCCCAAGGCAGCUCAACUACAUCCAGGUGGAGCUAAAGGGCUGGGGCGGAGACCGACCCAAGGGGCCCCAGAACCCCUCGGGCCCCCGAGCCCCUGUGCCCACCACCCACCCUGCCCGCAGCUCAGACUCCUAUGCCGUGAUUGACCUCAAAAAGACCGUGGCCAUGUCUAACCUGCAGAGGGCUCUGCCCCGAGACGAUGGCACUGCCAGGAAAACCCGGCACAACAGCACUGACCUGCCUCUGUAGGGACGUCCUGGUCCUCACCACCCUCUGCCCCACCGUGAUCCAGCCUCUGCCUCACACUCCUGUCCUCUGAACCCCCUCCCCAGGGCUCAGGGUUGCUUUGCAGAAGGCAUGAGGUGGGACCAGAUGCUUCCCUGCACUGGCUGGAGUCCCCAAAGGUAUCAGCCACUGAAUGUCCUGGUCUCCCAGCUGAGGAGAGAAGAGGGUGACCAGGCGAGGAGGGAGCCGGGACGUAACUGUGAAGGGUUCCCGUGGUUGCAUUUAGCACCCUCCAUUCUGUCCUUUGUCUCGUCUGUCGGCUAUGUGUGUUUUUUUUGGUUGGAAUUUUGAAACAUUUUGUACCUGUUGAUUUUAUUUAUCAGUUUAUUUUUCUAUUUAUUGUUUUAAAUGUAUUUAACAUAUUUAUUAUUAAUAUAAUUAUUUUUAAAUUCUG